AUGCUCUUUUUGCUGAUUUUCGUUAUUCUCACAUCUAAUAUUCAUUCUGAUAGUGUCAACCGACUUGAACGAUUGCGAAAAAUCAGCGAAUAUGAACGAGAACUGGCCAACAACAUGACAAAAGAAUGGAUGCCAUCGUGUAAGCUGAAGUUCUUCGCGUCAACGUGUCAAGACGCAUUGCCAAGAUUUUGCGAGUCGGGAAGAAUCUGCAAGGAUGUUCAGAAGCAGUCAUGCUGCUUCCCAAUGCCCCAUGAAUGCCCGACGCCAGCGCAAAUUGGAAUCGAAUCAGCAUUCCCCAAUAAACUGGUGCCAAACUCCGAAGGAUUGCUCGAAUGGCAAGCAUCGAUGCUGCGAUACCGGAUUCUUAACGAGAAGACAAAAUCGUAUAGAUGGGUCCAAUAUAACUGGUUACUGUACGAUCACUGGAUCACAUUGUUAUUCGAGAUCAACGGAGGUUGGAUGAAAGGUGUGACUAGCAAGGGACAGGUUGACUAA